UCACCAAACCCCAAUUAAACAAACACAACCUAAUACUCAAAUUCAAGUAUUUCUUUUUCUUCCAAUGUCUCUCACACCUGUCUCUAUAUUUCUACCUCUCUUCUCUUCUUCUUUGCUCACUGAUUAUUAUUAUUUUCUCUCUCUGUCUCUCUCUUUUCUUUUUCUACCAUGCAGCCACUUCGCCGCAAGACACCUCUUUUCAACUCAGAAAUAGGGGCAAUGAAGGGUCGCAAAAACAGCAAUCUUUCCAUUUUUGUAGUUGUUUUCUCCAUUUUCCUCUUUGGGAUCUUCAUGUACAACGAGGAUGUUAAAUCCAUAGCUGAAUUCCCAUUUUCAAGGCCAAAAGCUCAAAAAGUUGAGUCUUUUCCGAAAGAUGAUAAAAGGGUUGAAGAAGACACUGUCACUGUUAUUCAAAGGGAUGAUAAUACAGAGAAAGAUGUUAAAGAAGAAGACACUGUUACUAUCAUGGCUUCAAAGAAUUCAAGAACCCAACUUGAGAAAAGUGAUGAUGAUGGUGAAGAUUCUGAUGAACAGCAAGAACAUGUUGAGUUGAAAAAGAUUGUGAUGACAGAGAAAGAGGAAAAGAUUGAAUUGUUAGAUAAGGAGGAAGAAGAAGAGGAAGAUGAAGAAGAAGUUGAGUUGCCACCAAAAGAUUGUGACUUGUUCAAUGGUGAAUGGGUUUUAGAUAAUGUGUCGCAUCCUUUGUAUAAAGAAGAUGAAUGUGAAUUUCUCACUUCUCAAGUUACAUGUUUGAAGAAUGGAAGACGUGAUUCUUUGUAUCAGAAUUGGAAAUGGCAGCCUAGAGAUUGCUCUCUCCCAAAGUUCAAGCCAAGAUUGUUGUUUAAGAAGAUUAGAGGGAAGAGGCUUAUGUUUGUUGGAGACUCUCUGAAUAGAAACCAGUGGGAAUCAAUGGUCUGUAUGGUUCAGUCGGUUGUUCCUUCGGAUAAGAAGACAUGGUACAAGAGUGGUUCUCUUGCCAUCUUAAAAAUUGAGGAGCCAGAGCACAUUACUACAAUAGAAUUCUACUGGGCACCAUUCCUUGUAGAGUCAAAUUCAGAUGAUCCAAAUAUGCACAGCAUAUUGAACCGUAUAAUCAUGCCUGAAUCAAUUGAAAAGCAUGGUGUGAAUUGGAAGAAUGUGGACUACCUUAUCUUUAACACAUACAUAUGGUGGAUGAACACUUUCAAUAUGAAAGUCUUACGAGGAUCAUUUGAUGAAGGGUCCACGGAAUACGAUGAAGUCCCUAGGCCAAUAGCUUAUGAGAGAGUCUUGAGAACAUGGUCAAAUUGGGUGGAUAACAACAUUGACCCAAAUAAAACCAAAGUUUACUUCACCAGCACAUCCCCUCUUCAUAUCAAGAGUGAGGAUUGGAACAACCCAGAUGGGAUCAAAUGUGCUAAAGAAACCACUCCGGUUCUGAAUAUGUCGACCCCCUUGGAUGUUGGCACAGAUCGUCGCCUAUUUGUCAUUUCUAACAAUGUGACAAAAUCAAUGAAAGUGCCAGUUUACUUCCUUAACAUCACGACCAUGUCAGAGUAUAGAAAAGAUGCACAUACUUCUGUUUACACCAUUCGUCAAGGGAAGAUGCUAACACCUGAACAACAAGCUGACCCAACUACUUAUGCAGAUUGUAUUCAUUGGUGUUUACCGGGAUUACCAGAUAUUUGGAAUGAGUUUCUUUAUACUAGUAUCAUCUCUCAAUCUUGACCAACAACGUACAGAUAUCUUCAUACAUAAUACUUUACUUAAAUUGUUAUUAUUUCUCCUUUUACUGAAGAAAGAAAGUUUGCCCUUUUUUUUCACUUCCACGCCUUAACUUUUGUUGUGUCUGUCAGUUUUUGUAAUUUUGAGGCACUUUUUAUUAGGUUUUUUAGGAGUUGGGCAAUUUUUUUUGUUACCCCUUUACUUCCUCAUGUUUAUUUGUUAAGCCAAUUUAGCUGAGAAUGGAAGCACUGCAAGAACAUAAAUUGUACAAUGAAUCCUUGUUCCUUGAAUGAAGAAACAAUAAAGCACGAAGGUUUUGUUUAGUUUA